AAUAAAUAUAUAUCUGUUAUUAGUUUGUGUUCUAAAACUGAUUUCUCAAUUUCUUUUCAGUGUGUGAAGACGGGGGUGGAACAGGGCCCAAUUGCUGGAUACUUGGCAGAGUCUCAGAAUUUCGGCCAGUUGGCGAAAACUUCAGAAUCGGCCGCCCUAAUUGGUCUGUAUCACGGUCAAGUAGCAUGCAAGAAGAAUCGAUUUGGAACCCCAGAGAGAGAAGUGAAAACUCUUGCCAUUUUGGGAGCAGGGCUAAUGGGAGCGGGUGUCGCCCAGGUGACUGUGGACAAAGGCAUCCAUACCAUCCUUAAGGACACCACUGUGGAAGGUUUGUCCAGAGGAGAGCAGCAGGUUUACAAAGGCCUUAAUCACAAAACCAAAAAGAAGAGCAUCACAUCCUUUCAGAGGGACUCCAUACUGUCCAACUUGAUCAGCCAGCUAGAUUACAAGGGCUUUGAAAAGGCUGACAUGGUCAUUGAAGCUGUGUUUGAAGAUAUCAAAAUCAAGCAUGCCGUCCUGAAAGAAGUCGAAGCUGUGGUCCCUCCUCACUGUAUAUUUGCAAGCAACACAUCUGCUCUUCCUAUCAAGGACAUUGCUGCUGCUAGCAAGAGACCAGACAAGGUUAUUGGAAUGCACUACUUUUCUCCAGUGGACAAGAUGCAGCUCCUUGAGAUUAUAACCACUGAUAAGACGUCGAAGGACACUACAGCCUCGGCUGUGGCGGUCGGCCUGAAGCAGGGCAAAGUGAUCAUAGUUGUUGGGGAUGGACCUGGAUUCUACACCACGAGGUGUCUGGCUCCUAUGUUGGCUGAAGCUGUACGAGUUCUUCAGGAAGGCGUAGACCCCAAGAAGCUGGAUGGCCUUACAACAAGCUUCGGCUUCCCUGUGGGUGCAGCCACGCUGGCCGAUGAAGUUGGUAUUGAUGUUGCAGCUCACGUGGCUGAGGAUCUCGGCAAGGCCUUCGGCUCCCGCUUUGGUGGCGGAAAUGUGGAGGUUUUAAAGACCAUGGUGGAUCAGGGGUUUAAAGGACGUAAAUCAGGAAAAGGUUGCUACAUCUACCAACCAGGCCGCAAAGUCAAGGAUGUGAACCCAGAGGUUGGAGACAUUCUUGAGAAGUUCAGGAUGACACCGAAUCCUGCUGUUUCAUCAGACUCCGAUGUGCAGUACAGGCUGGUUUCACGAUUCGUCAACGAGGCGGUGCUGUGUCUGCAAGAGGGCGUCCUGAACAACCCGUUGGAAGGAGACAUCGGGGCCGUGUUUGGGCUGGGAUUCCCCCCCUACCUCGGAGGACCUUUCCGCUUCGUAGACAACUUCGGCGCCGACAAACUUGUGGAGAAGAUGAGGAAAUUUGAAGCUGUAUACGGGAACCAGUUCACUCCAUGCCAACUCCUACUGGAUCACGCUAAAGAUUCCAGCAAGAAAUUUCACAAGUGACCAACUCGCCGGUGCUGCCAGUAGCUCCUAAUAAACUCAAGUUUGUCACUAAACAUGUGCCUAACAUCGAUUAAUGGGGAGGGUCAACAUGCUGACUGUACACGUUGACCGUUUAUCAGGUACAAAUAACCUCAAGUGGAGCUGUAUGAUGGGUAAUUAGUGCUGAUUUAUUUUUUUUUCUUAAAAGGGGGGAAAAUUAAAGUUAAUGAUCAUUUCUGGAGUUUUUAUUGCAGUACCUGACCUGUGCUCACUGGUUUUUAACAAUGAGGAGCAGCUUCUAUAGCUUUGAAAAUUAUCAUGAGCUUGAUUCAGCACUAGACUGUAUGGACAGAGGUGAAAUAAUACAAACCGUUUUAUUUCAGGUGUUGUACCUAAUAAACUGGCAAGUGUGUGCAGGUGGAAAGCUGUUUUAAUUUUUUUUACAUGAAUGUUCACUUGAUGUAUAGAUAAAAGGGUGUAUUGACAUGAGUUAUUUACACAUUGCAUCUGUAAAGACAUUUUUUCUGCUGCCAAAUAACUUUUAACACAAUGAAUGUUAAGAUACAUCAUGGUUCAGCAAGUGUCUUGAUUUAUUUGUACAUUAAGGGUUUGCCUUGCUUGGUAUGGAGAAAAAUGUAAAUGUGAAACUUCAAUAAAAAGGUUGAUUAAUU